CGUCCGCACACCCAAAUCUCGCGAAACCCAACACCCCAUCCCACUGUGCCCCCAAGUCUCGCGAGAUCCACCAUACGCCGUCCCGCCCCUCCGCCCUUCACAGCAGCCAAGAUGGCGACGGCCACCCGGCUCAUCCAGCGGCUGCGCAACUUCCUGGCGGGGCGGGACCUGCAGGCCAAGCUGGCGCUGCGCUACACGGAGAUCUCCAAGAGGUCUCAGCCCCCCCCCCGGCUCCCGGUGGGUCCCAGCCACAAACUGGCCGGUAACUCGUACUGCAGCCGGGACGGGCGCAGAGAGGCCGGGCCGCCCCUGGUGGUCGCCUCGGGGCUGAAGACGCUGACGGCGGUGGCGCAGGGCGGCAGCCCCUUCCAUUCGCAUCUUCACCCCCAGCUCCGGCUCCGCGGUGGCAGCAGCCGACAAGAAGCCGGUGACACCGGGACCGGCUGCGAGGAAGUGGGAGCUGUCCAAGGACCAGCCGUAUCUGUGAUGGACACAGCGGGGCUGCACGCACAGCCGGGGUCAUUGAACAGCCGGGGUCAUUGAACGCAGCACCGUGUGGUAGCGCUGCAGUGGGCUCCAUUGUGGAGAUGCUCCAUGGGAUAGAUUUGCACACACCACUAAUAAACGUACUUAAACCUGUUGA